AAUGAAUUUAAAAGUUUCGAGCAAAGAUGUGCUGGAAUGCAAACGACCAAAGCGAGUUUAUCCGUAUCAUGUAUGGCUGCCAUAUGGCAAAUACACACGUUAUUAUGAGAUAAUAUUCGUUCUGAAUUUCCUGGGUGGUUUGUCUUUGGUGUGUGUCAUCUUGCCGAUUGAUAAUUUGGUCAUGAGUUUUAUGCGCUACAUUCGAUUCCAAUUUUAUGUCAUCAAAGAUGAUCUGGCGAACGGAUUGUUGCUGUCCACAUGAAUAAUCGAUUGAUUGAGAUUGUAAAUCAUCACAUUGCUGUUUUUGAUUUCUUCAAUCGGGCCGAUGAUCUAUUCACUUAUGCACUCUUUGCUCAAUAUAUCGCCUCGGGUGCAAUGAUCUGCGGUGUUUUAUUUUCAAUUUCAACCGUAACCGAUCAUUUGAUGACACCAAAUUUCUUUCAUGUUGCCUUCUUUUACUCUGGACUCAUCAUUCAACUCUACACCAAUUGCUUUUAUGGGAGCCAAGUGUUUGUUACGAGUGAAAAUAUUCGUCAGCAUGCUUACUUCUGUGGGUGGGAAGAUUCUGGCAAGUACAUGGAUCGCAUACAAACCACAUUGAAUAUGAUGAUGAUGAGGUCGAAAAGAGCUUGUCGACUAACAGCAGGGAAAUUUGCUGCAGUGGACUUGCCGACAUUCUUGGCCGUUUUCAAAGCCAGUUACACCUAUUAUACCGUUUUAGUGGAUGACGAUCGAAGGUAGACAUAUUGAUACAUAUCAUACAAC